GGUUGGGAGGAGCGCCUGGAGAGUGAUUGUCACAGUACUGGAUGGACUGCUGACCAAUUAUUGAAUUACUUCCAUCUUUUGACCACACUAGGAAAUUGUCCAUGGAGUUGAUAUAUUUAUUGCAGUAAUUUCUGGCCUUACAUGAUUUAGGUUGAAUGCAUUUGGGAACUCGAUGCAUAAAAUUUGCAUGACUUCCCAAACCUUUCUGGAUCUGUCAUUGGGUUCAAGCCAGCAUGGCUCACAUCACAAAGGUUAACGGCUGUGCCUCAGGAGAAACAGAUGUUCCAAAUGGAGAUCAUGACAAGGAACAGAAAGAUCCUUAUUUUGUGGAGACGCCCUAUGGUUAUCAACUAGACUUAGAUUUCCUCAAAUAUGUGGAUGACAUACAGAAAGGAAACACCAUCAAGAAACUAAACAUCCAGAAGAGGCGGAAGCCUUGUGUGCCAUGCCCAGACACGAGGGCCACCCCAGGUCAGCAAGGUAUAUGGACUUCCACUGAAUCCCUCUCCUCCUCCAGCAGUGGUGACAACAAGCAGUGCCCCAGCUUCCUCGUGAACAGGAGCCAGGUUACAUCAACUCCAAUCCCAAGGCCACCCGCCCCUCUGGAGACCUCACCCACUUUUCUUACUGUUCCAGAGAGUCGACAGCUGCCACCACCCUCACCACAACUCCCAAAGCACAACCUUCAUGUCACCAAGACCCUGAUGGAGACCCGGAGGAGACUGGAACAGGAGAGAGUCACCAUGCAGGUGGCACCGGGUGAGUUCCGGAGGCCCAGGCUGGCCAGCUUUGGAGGCAUGGGCUCUACAAGCUCUCUCUCCUCCUUGAUGGGUUCUGGAAACCACAAUCCUGCCAUGCACCAGCUUCAGAAUGGUUACCAAGGCAAUGGGGAUUAUGGUGGCUACGCCCCAGCUGCUGCCACUUCCUCCAUGGGGAGCUCCAUCCGUCACAGCCCCCUGAGCUCAGGGAUCUCCACUCCAGUGACCAAUGUGAGCCCCAUGCACCUGCAGCAAAUCCGUGAGCAGAUGGCCAUUGCCCUGAAACGCCUAAAGGAGCUUGAGGAGCAGGUGAGAACCAUCCCUGUGCUCCAGGUGAAGAUCUCUGUUUUGCAAGAGGAGAAAAGGCAGUUGGCCUCACAACUGAAAAACCAAAGAGCUGCAUCCCAGAACAAUGUGUGCGGUGGUGUGAGGAAGCGGUCCUAUAGCGCAGGGAACGCGUCCCAGCUGGAACAGCUCUCCAGGGUCCGGAGAAGUGGUGGGGAAUUAUACAUUGACUAUGAGGAGGAAGAGGUGGAGAGUGUAGAGCAGAGCACACAGAGGAUAAAGGAGUUUCGGCAGCUCACAGCAGACAUGCAGGCCCUGGAGCAGAAGAUCCAGGACAGCAGUAGGGAGACCUCCUUGGAGCUCAGGGAGCAUGCGGGGUGUCAGUCCCAAGAGUGCCGGUCCAUGGCCGUGGGUGCCGCUGAGAGAGUGGACGACAUAGUUGUGUGCCGCUGGGGCUCUAGGUCCUGUAAGGACGCUGCUGUAGGGACAGUCAUUGAGAUGACGAAUACUGGAGUCGGCGUGACAGAGACCAUGCUUGGAGUGACUACUGAAGCUGACAGAGAAAUUGAGCUGCAACAGCAGACUAUAGAAGCCUUGAAGAGGAAGAUCUGCUGUCUGGAAGUGCAGCUUAAAGAAACCACCCUUGACCAGGAGAUGACUAAGCUCAAACAAGAGCUGCAGGCUGCUAGAUCGAGGAAAAAGGUUGACAAAGCCAUGAUGGCCCAGCCCCUUGUUUUCAGCAAGAUGGUGGAAGCAGUGGUGCAGACGAGAGACCAAAUGGUUGGCAGUCAUGUGGACAUGGUUGACACAUGUGUUGGGAACUCUGUGCAAACAAGUAGCGUAGGCAUCUCCUGCUGGCCCAAUUGUGAGAAUAAAGUGCUGGGGCCUGAGCUGCCCAUGAACUGGUGGGUUGUUAAAGAAAGGGUGGAAAUGCGUGACCAAUGUGCUGGGAGGUCUAUGGAGACGUGUGACAAGAGCGUGGGUGUGGAAGUCAGCGUGUGUGAAACAGGCAGCAAUACGGAGGAGUCUGUGAGCAACCUGACGCUCCUCAAGACCAAUCUGAAUCUCAAAGAAGUGCGAUCGAUCGGCUGUGGAGAUUGCUCUGUCAACGUGACUGUCUGCUCUCCCCAGGAGUACACCUCCCGGAGUGUGAACACAGACGCUGUGAGCCAGGUGGAAGCUGCUGUCAUGGCCGUGCCUCAUACCACAAGCCAGCACACUAGUACAGUUUCGGACCAGGUGGACCAGUUCACCAACACUGAGAUGGCCACCCUUACAGAAUCCUGCACCAACACUUGCCUCAGCACCUCGGACAAGCAGACCAGCACGCAGCCGGUGGAGAUGCGGACGGUGGCGAUAGGAGAAGGCCGCGUCAGGGACAUCAACUCUGCCAAGCUGCGGUCCAUCGGAGUCGGAACCGUGCUCUCUGGCAGUUCUGGGUUUGACAGGCCGUUGACUGUGAAGACCAAAGAGUCAGGUGUGGGGCAGAUAAAUAUCAAUGACAACUAUCUGGUGGGCCUCAAAAUGAGGACCAUUGCUUGUGGUCCUCCCCAGUUGGCCGUGGGGCUGCCAGCCAGCAGGAGCGUGGGUGUUGGGGAUGAGCUUGUGGGACAGCUGAUGGAGAGCCCCCAGGCGCAGGCCCCGUUGGGGAUGAUGACAGGUUUGGAUCACUACAUUGAGCGUGUCCAGAAGCUGCUGGCAGAGCAGCAGACGCUGUUGGCUGAGAACUACAGUGAACUGGCAGAAGCUUUUGGGGAACCUCACUCACAGAUCGGCUCCUUGAACUCGCAGCUUAUCAGCACCUUAUCUUCAAUCAACUCUGUCAUGAAGUCUGCAAGCACUGAAGAGCUGAGGAACCCUGACUUUCACAAAAUGGGUCUGGGUAAACUCGCAGGCAAUACUUUGGAAUGCACCCAUAAGUGUGGAGGCCUUAAGUCAGGAGGACCACUAAACACCCAGACAUCCCAGCAUGAGCAAGAGGCGGGGACCACGCUGGGGAGGCCCGUCGGCAGCCAGGAUGCCUUCUCCUUGCAGGAAAGCACACUGCCUCCUGUGAACUUAACCGACGACCAGAUGGCCGCUGGCCUCUAUGUAUGUACCAACAAUGAAAGUACACUGAAAUCCAUCAUGAAGAAAAAAGAUGGCAACAGGGAUUCAAACGGAGCAAAAAAGAAUCUUCAAUUUGUUGGCAUCAAUGGAGGGUAUGAAACAACCUCAAGUGAUGAUUCCAGCUCAGAUGAAAGCUCUUCUUCCGAGUCAGAUGACGAGUGUGAUGUCACUGAGUGCCCUCCUGAGGAAGAGGAGGAGGACGAGGAGGACGGAGACACUCGGGGAGUGGCGGAAGGCCACCAGGCAAUUAAUAUUGAAGGUUUCGAGUCCGCCAGGGUGGAAGAUGAAAUGCAGGUUCAAGAAUGUGAACCUGAGAAGGUGGAAAUCAGAGAGAGGUAUGAAUUAAGUGAAAAGAUGUUGUCUGCAUGCAACUUAUUGAAAAAUAAUAUAAAUGACCCCAAAGCUUUGACCAGCAAGGAUAUGAGGUUCUGUCUGAACACUCUCCAGCACGAGUGGUUCCGCGUAUCCAGUCAGAAGUCAGCCAUCCCGGAGAUGGUGGGGGACUACAUCGCCGCUUUUGCGGCCAUCUCCCCGGACAUCCUCCGUCACAUCAUCAACAUGGCGGACGGCAACGGGAACACGGCCCUGCAUUACAGCGUGUCCCACUCCAACUUCGAGAUUGUGAAGCUGCUUCUGGACGCUGACGUGUGUAACGUGGAUCACCAGAACAAGGCAGGGUACACCCCCAUCAUGCUGGCCGCCCUGGCUGCUGUUGAAGCAGAGAAGGACAUGCGUGUUGUGGAAGAACUCUUUGGCUGUGGGGACGUGAAUGCCAAAGCCAGCCAGGCAGGACAGACGGCUCUCAUGUUGGCAGUCAGUCAUGGGCGGAUAGACAUGGUGAAGGGCCUGCUGGCCUGUGGGGCUGAUGUCAACCUCCAGGAUGACGAGGGUUCCACCGCUCUCAUGUGUGCCAGUGAGCACGGGCACGUGGAGAUCGUCAAGCUGCUGCUGGCCCAGCCAGGGUGCAGUGGCCACCUGGAAGACAACGAUGGCAGCACUGCACUCUCGAUAGCUCUGGAAGCAGGACACAAGGACAUCGCCGUUCUCCUGUAUGCCCACAUCAACUUCGCAAAGGCCCAGUCACCGGGUACCCCUAGGCUUGGAAGGAAGACAUCUCCUGGCCCCACCCACCGAGGUUCAUGUGACUGAUUAUGUGCAAAUAGCCGUCUAUUUACAUGCCACCAUGAAGCUGCUAAUUGUUCCUGUUGGGGUGACAGAUACUGAAUGUAUACAUACUGUGCCUGAGCUCACCAGCAAACAGAACACAAAAGCCCCAGGCGGAAGGCUGGAGCUGCACAGCAGAAGCUGAGCUAGCAGGAGAUAGCCACUGGCGUGCACCAACCCCUCCUGGCCACCGUCCCUGUGUAGAGCACACUUUAUUUACCCCAGUCUCUGUUGCUGUUGAGUCUCUGCUCCGUUAUGUACAGUUGUAGGAAAUUGUAACCCGACCUGAGCAACUUCUAUUCCUUCUCUCCACCCCCAACUGCUGCCAAGAAGUGUCAGAUUCUCAUUGGCAUGGUGUUUUUACAAUUUCCGCAAGUAUUUAUAUCUACUAAAUGUGGAACCAUUGGAAAGCUCUUCAAAAAUUCCAUUCCAGGAUCAUUUUGUUGCUUUUUUUCUUUUGUUUUUAUUAUUUUAAGGGAAGUCGAGAUGACUUUGAUCAUCAGCAGCUUGGGCCUAUGUUGGUAGGUUUCUGGUUUAAAAAUAAAAAUGGAACUCUCAAAAACUAUAAGCUUACAAAGGAACUCUUUUCAGUUGGUUUUAUCUAGGUGGAUGUAUUAUAUGACUUUUUAUAUAAAAGGCAUCUACAUAAAAUUGACACAGUAUUUUCAACUUUUAUAUUCUGUAGUAAUUAAAGACAUGAAGAACUAUAAGUAACAUUACCAUAUUUUUAUUAAUAAUUGCACAACUCUGUAUCUAAUGAUAAAGGUUGCAUUGUGUUAGAGGAACUGGCCAUACAUUUGCCUCUAGAGAAACAUAGCGUAGCUUUCUCCACGUAUUUAUGGAUUCCUUUAUACCAUGUCACAUGUACUUUGGUCUUACAUGUAUUUAAAUGUUUGAAGUGCCUUAGACUCUUGCCAUAUUUUCAAAAUAAAAUUUCAUUAAGCCCUUU